ACAGAAAAGGCUGUGUUCCUAUCCAAAUCUGCCGCUCCGCUGCGCACCAGCACUUAUUUCUCCCGAAGGGAGUGAGCCGGCGGAUGCACCCAGGCGGGGAUUGCUGCGGCCGGUGUGCGGGACCUGGGACCGUGGCCCCAGCUGGGGACCAAUUGUGCAGCGGCGCCGGCGGUGUGCGGCAUAUGGUUGCCGGAGCAGAUGGCGCGGAGUCCGUGGAUGAGGUAUUCGCCCGAACCCCUCUCACCUUCGUCUUCCGGCUUGAUUGGGAUUUGGAUUGGUAGCCCCGAAGUGACAGAAUUUCGAUCAAUCAAUCUCUGUUUCAUGCAAAUUGGGCCCGUGAUUUGGUCUCAAAUCAAUUUGGGGUCAGUUGGAGGUGCACUACCACCGGCAUUUCUCGAAGCAAUUCCACCACCAACACAUGGCUAAACUCUUUCCAUUGUAAACUGUCAUUUUUCUUUUCAGGAAAUUCCUGUAUGUUCAGUAUUUGCACUGUUUAACUACAAUGUUCUCUUUUUUGAAGGACAGAGACUUGGGAGAGCUACACCGAAUGGUGUAUCAUUUCUUUGCAGUUUUGUUUUCCCUUUACAGAGCGGCCAUCACAAGACCAUGCUACAAUCCAGCGGUAGCUCAACUUUGUUCCUUGCUCAAAGGCUGAGACUUGCCAGCCACAGCACUCCAAGCACCUGUGCUAUAAUGUCUUAAGAUUUAUUCUUAGAGCUGAACCACACUACACUCCGAGUAUCAGUGCAAAAGGUUUCAACCUAAGAAAUGGGGUGGUACAUAUUUGCAAACUGGAUAGCCCCUGGUCCACCCACAGGCAUUCUGCACACAAAAACAAUAAUAUCAUUGUCGGAGGGAGCAACGAGAGCUUGCUGCUAACAAAGGCGGAGGUCAGGGGGAUGAUUGCAAAUGCUGCAAGGGAAACAUCUUGCCAGCAAGCUUGGCGAUUUUGUGAACGAGGAGAUCGCUCUGCUGUAGGGGUUCCAGGAUGAAGUGGAAGGCUUGGAGGAGAAAAUCAAAGAUUUGAAGGCCAUAAUGCAUGAUGCAGAUGAUAGGUUACGCCAUGGAGAAAGAGAUGGAGAAGUGGUGCUGGAUCACUAAAUUCAACUCCGUCGCCUACAAGGUUCAGGAUGUACUGGACGAGUUGGCGCCAAUGAGCUCAUCAAGAAGACCCAAUCAAAGCGAGGCCCAUCACGCACCAUGUCACAAGCCAUCGAGUGCUCAACUUUAUUCCUUUCCUCAAAGGCUGAGUCUUACACGUUGCAACACUCUAGGAAUCUGUGCGGUUUGACUUUGGGGUUUAUUCUAAGAGGAGCUUAACCACAAUACACUCAAGGUAUCAACGCAAAAGCUUCACUCUCAGAAACGAAGUGGUAUAUAUUUGCAAACUGAAUCACCCCGAGAACAUCUACAAAGUCCGUACAGAGCAUGAACAGUUUGCCUUUAGGACUGCUCUCUGCUGCGCUCUCUCAAACACAACGAUAUUCUCGUUGCAGAAAGCAACAAGGGCUUUGUGUGAGGCCAUGGCCGAGGCUGGGGCGAUGAUUGCGAGUGCCGUGGGGAAUCGAGUCGCCAUCAAGCUCGGCGAACUCGUCAAUGACGAGAUCGCUCUGUUGUGGGGCUUCCGAGACGAAGUGGAAGGUCUGGAGGAGAAGAUGAAAGAUCUGGAGGCUGUGAUGCGUGAUGCCGACAAUAAGCUGCGCCGAGGAGAAGAAGAUGGAGAAGCAGUUGGGCGGUGGCUCACUAAAUUUAAGUCCGUCGCCUAUGACGUUGAGGACGUGCUGGACGAUUUGGAUGCCAACGAGCUCGUCGGGAAAACCCAAUCGAAGAUCAAGUUAUUCUUUUCCCGGAAUAAUCAACUCCUCCAACGGAUGACCAUGGCCCACCAUAUGAAGAGCGUGAGGGAGAAAGUAGACAAAAUUGAAAAGGAGGGCCACCGGGUACUCAAUCUUGUGGGUCAUGAAAACCGGAGGGCCACUAGGCCACUGGCAGAAGGGAGCAGAAACAAAGAAACUUUUGCAGCCAGCAUGAAAACUGGAAUAGUGGGUAGGGAAGCCGACAUGGAGAAAAUAAUCAGUGUGCUGUUGAGAAGUGAAGCAAAUGAGGAUAUCUCUGUCGUUCCAAUUGUUGGGCUUGGUGGUAUAGGGAAGUCAACAUUGGCAGAAUCAAUUUUGGCAGAUAAGAGGGUCAAUGUCUUCGACGUCCAAGUCUGGGUUCAUGUGUCUAAGCAUUUUGAUUUGCACCAAAUUGGCAGUGCCAUCCUGAAAAGAAUAAAUAGCAGUAUCAAUCUUGAUAAUUGUACUUUGCAGUUUCUACAUGAUAGUUUGAGAAAUGAACUUGCUACCAAAAGAUACUUGAUUGUUCUGGAUGAUCUCUGGGAAGAAGAUGGAAAUAAACUGGAAGAGUUGAAGCGGAUGUUACAAUAUGGCUGCAAGGGUAGCAGGAUUAUAGUUACCACCCGUAACCAAAGUAUAGUGGCAAAAAUGAGCACCGGUAUUUUGGCAAAUCGGAGGGUAAUUCUCCCCGUGCCAGAGUCUUACCAAAUCAAGUUGGAUAUUUUAUCAACUGAUAACUGCUGGGAUGUAAUGAAACAAAGGGUAUUUGAGCCUGAUGAUGACCAAAGUGGCUUGGAAGAUAUUGGAAGGCAAAUUGCAGCAAAGUGUGGGGGAUUACCACUUGUGGCGAAUGCUCUUGGGGAAGUGAUGUCCGAGUUAAGGACAAUCAAGGCAUGGGAAGAUAUUAGAGAUACAAAAAUUAAGUUGGGUUCAAGAGACCAAAAGGACACAUUAGAAUGCCUCAUGCUGAGCUAUUACUACAUGAAGCUGGAAUUCAAAAUGUGCUUCACAUAUAUGGUGGCCUUCCCUAAUGGCUUCAUUGUGGACAGUGAUCGUCUAAUCCAACAGUGGGUCGCUCUUGGAUACAUUCGUGCUGAGGAUGAUGGUGAAAGGUGUAUCAACUACCUUCUCGGGAUGUCUUUUCUUCAGAUUUCAUGGUCAUCCUCAGUUAGUCCAGGCUCAAUGCAUGCCAAAGCUCCUCGGGAGCUCACCAUGCAUGAUUUGGUGCAUGAUCUUGCAUCAAUAAUUGCUGCAGAUGAAUUUCUUGUUCUGGAUGCUAGUUCUCCUGAACCAAGGACUUGGAACAGAGCUCGCUAUUGCCGACAUGCACAACUGAUCAACUACCAGAAUCAAUCCAUGGUUUUUAGAGAUUUGCCUGCUAAAGUUAGAUCCCUUCAUUGUAGGGAUUCAAAAAAACAGCAACUUCCUCGAACGGCAUUUUCUCGAUCCAAGCACAUACGUGUCUUGGACUUAAAUGGGCCUUCAGUUAGAGGGCAAUCUACUCCAAGCAACUUCGAGCUAAGUAACGUAGUGCUGCCAUCUUCCAUUCAUCAAUCGAAGCUACUUAGGUACCUCGAUGCCACGUCCUUGCCAAUUACAUCCCUUCCAAAGUAUUUCCACACACUUCAAUACAUGCAAACUCUAAUUUUAUCCAAAUGCUCACUGGAAACCUUGCCUGGCAAUAUCUCUAGCCUACACAAACUUUGUUAUUUGGACCUAUCUGGUAAUAUCAGCCUUAAUAAGCUACCUGUGUCCUUGGGGAAGCUCACUAAACUUUCUUUCCUCAACUUACUGGGGUGUUCCAUGCUCCAGGGAUUGCCUGAAUCCAUUUGUGAGCUGACAUGCUUACGACACCUCGACAUGUCAGAAUGCAAUGCCAUUCAAAAUCUCCCUGAUAAAUUUGGUAGCCUUCCAAAACUCAUAUUCCUAAACUUGUCAGGUUGUUCCAAGCUGACCAAACUACCUGACAAUGUUAGACUUGAGUCUUUAGAGCAUCUAAACCUAUCAAAUUGUCAUGAACUAGAAAACCUGCCAAAAGAUUUUGGAAACCUCCAAAAGCUUGUGUUCUUGAACCUUUCUGAUUGCUACAAGGUUUCGGUGCUCCCAGAAUCAUUUUGCCAGCUUAUUCAUUUGAAAGACCUAGAUCUUUCAGACUGCCAUGGCCUUAGUGAACUCCCUGGAUGCUUUGGUAACCUUUCUGAGCUUGGCACUUUGAACCUAACAAGUUGUAGUAAGCUGCAACUACUGCCUGUGUCAUUCUGCAAGUUGAUAAAGUUGAGGCAUCUCAAUCUGUCAUACUGUAUGAGGCUCCAACAGCUCCCAUCCUCAUUAGGCGACCUUGAGCUUCAAUCAUUGGACAUCUCUUCUGCUUCAUCUCUCCGUGUCUUGCCGGAUAGCAUCAGUAACAUCACUAGUCUCACUCAACUUGAGGUCACGUCAGCACGACCUCGAGUGUUUGACAAGGUUCAAAACAUUAAAAGGGAUCGAAAUUUGGGGUUAGCUGUUCAUACUGUACACCAGAUAGAAAAUAAAGGAUUUAGCAGUAUAGUGGAGCUUGCACAAUUGAGUUGUCGUGAGUUGCAUGUUGUACAGCUUCAGAAUGUUAGGAAUCCAGAAGAUGCAGGGAGAACCAAGCUGCGUGAUAAAUCGGAUCUUCGCUGUCUAAUGCUUGGCUGGGGGAACCAAGGAGAGGAGGAUAGAUCUGUGCUGGAGAAGCUCGUACCUCCUCGAACUCUUGAACAAUUUAUGCUAAAUGGGUAUAUGAGCAAGGACUUCCCUGACUGGAUGUCUCAAAUCUCCUCUUACCUCCCUUGUAUCACCUACCUCAGGCUUUCUGAUUUAGGAACAUGUGAUACUCUUCCUCCAUUUGGGCAGCUGCCAAAUUUAAGAAGUCUAUUUAUGCAGAACAUUCCCAACAUCAGAAAAAUUGGCAGGGAAUUCUAUCGUGAGGACAAAAUGUGUACGAAAUUAAGAAGGAUACAGUUGAAGUCAAUGGGGAAUUUGGUGGAAUGGUGGACAACAAGGUCAGGUGAAGAAAAUGAAGAGUUUUUAAUCCCAAAUUUGCAUAGAGUGGAUUUAAUAGACUGCCCAAAAUUGAAGUUUCUGCCAUAUCCCCCAAGAUGUAUGUUGUGGUUCUUAAAAAACAGUGAUGAGGUAUUGCCACAAGGCGGAUUUGGGAGCAUUUCCUCUUCCACUCUUCCUUUUUCUCUCACAAUACUAAGCUGCAAUUUUUCGCAAGACAAGUGGAAUAGUCUUCAUCACCUGCCCACCCUUGAGAUAUUUGAAGUUCAGUCCUGCAGCGGCCUGAGGGCCUUGCCGGAGGCCAUUCGAUCCUUCACCUCUCUAAGAGUACUGUAUUUGUGGUCAUUGAAGGACCUGCAGUUGCUGCCAGAAUGGUUUGGGCACCUUACUUGUCUAGAAAAAAUUAGCAUCCGAGAUUGUCCAGUAGUAACAUAUUUGCCAGAAAGCAUGAAGAAUCUUACCACUCUCAGAGAACUAUGGCUUCAGGAGUGCAAAGGCCUGGAGAUAUUGCCGGAAUGGCUGGGACAGCUCAUUUCCCUGCAAGAAUUUAACAUCAACUGUUGCCCCAAGCUGACAACUUUGCCUAAAAGCAUAAGGAACCUUACCGCCUUGAAGGAACUCUACAUUUGGGACUGUCCAAGUCUGGUUGAGAGGUGCAAAGGGGAGGAUGCCGAUAUGAUUUCUCAUAUCCGGGAAGUCACAUUACACAAAACUAGAGAGGAAGAAGAGCUGGGGUCGACUCCUGAAGAUGCGGGAGAGGAAGUGAAGCGCCGUAUACUGGUCGAUUAGCUCUAGCUGCUGCCUUCUGAUCCUUCCACAUGUUUAGCAGGAGAAAUGUGCAAUCGGGAGCUCUGUACAGAACCUGGAGUCUGCAGUAUAAAACUGGGGCUCUUCCACUGGGCGAGGUCUGCUUGCCAAAGCCGUGUGAAUAGAUUGAUCUGGAGCAGAGCCUUGACUCUCUACCACAUCAGUGACGGGGCAGGGUGUUGUCGAGAUCCACCACCUGCGAGCUCCAGUUCUCAUGCAAGUCUGCUGCCUCAACGCCUUCCAUUGCCGAUUCAGUGUUUUGCUCGACAAUGAGUUUCUGCUGUGGAUUCUGUGUAUUGGAACUCAGCUCUGUUGAUUGGUGGCCCGUACAUUUGGGCAAGCUUUUGCGUUACUUUCCCUUGGAUUCAUUAGAGCAUAGGUCCCUCAGCAGCUAAGAAGCAGGAUGGUAUUCUUCUUGUGUUAAAAUCGUCUGCAGAGUUUUCCUUUUUUUUUUGGCAAUGUUAUUUUACUUCUGGAAGUUAUAUUGUGGUGUGGGUGGUUGUAAUAAAGCCUUCCUUUGGCAAAAGGCAUAUGUUCAGUUCAUUGUGAACGGUUGGCCGAUGCCACUGACUGGAAAGAAAGGGAUUAAGGCUUA